AUGCUAUUUGGUGUAAAGGACAUCGCACUGUUGGAGCACGGGUGCAAGGCCCUGGAGGUGGACAGUUACAAGUCCCUGAUGACCCUGGGGAUCCCAGAGGACUGCAACCACGAGGAAUUUGAAGAGAUCACACGGGUCCCCCUAAAACCUUUGGGCAGAUUCGAAGUGGCUGGGAAGGCCUUUCUGGAAGAAGAGAGAUCCAAAGCAGCCAUCAUUAGGCUGGAGGAGGACAUCGAUUAUGCCGUGGUCCCCAGGGAGAUAAAGGGCAAGGGCGGUGUGUGGAGAGUUGUCUACAUGCCCCGGAAGCAGGACGUUGAAUUCCUGACCAAGCUGAACCUCUUCCUACAGAGCGAGGGCAGGACGGUGGAGGAUGUGGCCCGGGUCCUGAGGCAGGAACUGUGCGCGACAGCGACGGGCCCCAGAGAGCUUCCUGCCAGAAAGUGCUGUGUGCCGGGGCUGGGGGAGAAUCCAGAGGCUGCGGCCACCGCUGGGGUGGAUAUGCUGCCGCCUCUGAACUCCCCAGAGAUGGAGGGCAAGGCUGGGGAUGGCAGGAGGGGCAAGAGGAAGCACAAGAAAAACCAUGCAUCUGACAAGAAGCUGUGA